AGGCGGUCAUACUGCAAAUUCGCAAGCAAUUUUCUCCAAAUAAAAGAAGAAAAGUGAGGAAAAUUGAAAUCAAAGAAAAAUUAAUGGCACACAAGCGUCUGUUUAUCUACGCUGUGCUACUGGCGAUAUGUUAUUUGGUUGGCGUGACAUGGGCUGAGACCGCAGCCCAGACAUUGCCAGUGGGCAGCAACAACAAUGCCAGCCAAUUAAGUGCUCCACCCGCAGCAGCCAAACCAGCUCCAGCUUCAGCUCCCGUGGCGACUGCUGCCAAGCAAACAGGUGCGAGUCCAGGGCCCACAGUGGCACCUCCACCCAAGGUCAACGCCAAUCCGCCGCCCGCAGUUCCCAGUCACAGUUCUUCCAAUACAAGCAGCACGGCGACGCCAUCGACGGAGUGUGUCUGUGCUGGAGCCCUGCUGCCGCGUUUGGAUGCUAAUGGCAAGGAGCUGCCGAUCUGCGCCGAGUGCAAGUGCUCCCAUGUGGCGCGAAAUACGACACUGAUCAAGGUCGUGGUCAUCAUUGUGAUUUGGAUCAUCUCCAUUUUAGUGAUAUACAUGCUCUUUCUGAUGUGCCUGGACCCGUUGCUGAACAAGCGAGUGAAGGCGAACUACCAGGAGCACACCAACGAAGAUGACGAGCCAACGCCACCCAUGCCUGCCGCCAACAACCAGGAGCUGAGUGCCAGAGCCAAUGUCCUCAAUCGCGUGGGCCACCAGCAGGACAAGUGGAAGCGGCAGGUGCGCGAGCAGAGACGCCACAUCUACGAUCGGCACACCAUGCUGAACUGAGCGGGGAGGAAGUCUAAUAGAGGGAGAAGCAUGGGCGACUUAAGACACGUAUUCCAAGCAGCAAUCCACAAAGGAACUCAUAUUUUGGAUCAAAAUUAAUGUACAUUUAGCCACAAUUACUAUUAUUUUAAAUAAAUUAUGUAACCAAA